AUGGGCUGUUUUUCUCGCUGUUGUUUCACACCCUACUUAAAACAUACAUUUGAUUGCAUACUAAGAGCCAUACUCCCGCUUCUUUCCACCCUAAAUGAGUUGGAACGUCAGUUUUUAGAGAUCAUUCAGUUCAACAUUAAUGUACCGAGUUCAGUGUACGCGAAGUACUACUUCGAUAUCCGAUCCUUAUGCGGCGCAUCGUGUCAUCCAUUCCCGUUAUCGAUGGAGAGGGCGCACAAACUUGAGGUAAGUUUGUCAGCAAUUCUGUCUUUUUUUAUUUUUUUACUACACACUUUUUAG